GUUUUAGGGUUUAUGUCGAAUAUGGAGAAGGAUCAAGGUGAAAUCGAAGUAGGCUCCGACUUGGGAAACAAUUCAACAAUACAAGAGAAGAAAUAAACCCUUCAAUUCUUCGAUUCUAUAUCUUUAGAUACAAGCGAACACUCCUCCUCCGCUGAGGAAUGCAGAUAUAAAGAGAUUACUCGUGCAAUAGAAGAGGGCAAACCUUUUAAAGUCACUUGGCAAGUUGUGCCAAUGAGGACACUUGAGCUAAUGAAGGAGAGGGGCUUGCUUAUAUUAGAUGAUGAUGAGCCAACUGAAGAAGAGAAGUUGCUUGAGAGAGAUACCAGUGGCAGUGGUAAGAGGAGAAGGGUAGGACAAGAGCACUGCGGCUCAGAUCUCAACGAGACUGGAUCAGGUGAGGACAUUGUUUUACCUUUUACCAAGACGUUAGAUUCGUGGAAAGAGUAUGAGUUGAAUGAGUUCUACAAUAGAAUACCACAGCGUCCUCACUUCCGUCCAUUGUUUUACUCGCUUGGAAAUUUUCGUGAAUGGGUUGCAUUAGGUCUGACUAUGACUUUUAUCGCCUUAACAAAGGCAGUAGAUGUUAUUGGGGAGGACACUCCAAUAACCACUAGAUGACUACGAAAAGACAUUGGAAAUGCUAGAAGAGCACGAAUUCGACGUUAAAGCACCUUUAUCACGGAUCAAGGAGCUGUCAUCUGUCGUCAAAA